GCCAGCAGGAGUGGGCUGCCCGGGCAUGACUGUCUUCGCCUCUGGAGCCGAGCCGGCGGGGAAUCUGCAGUCGUCUCGACUUCUGGCUGCGCGAGGAAGAGGCAGGAAAGAAGCGCCCGGGGGCUGGCCCCGCCCGCCUCGCGAAUCUGCGUCCGUCCAAAGCGCCGCUUGAGCAUCCCCGGCGCUGCUGGCCACCUCCCCGCGCUCCGCCCCCUUCCCUCGGGGACGAGUCGCUGCUUUCGUCGCCGCCGAUUCGCCGGGAGCCCAAGAGAGAAGCAGCUGGGUAGUGGCGGUGAAGCCCACUCUCCGGGGAAUGCGGCCGGUCUCCAGAAUCCCUGGGCCGAACCUCUUGAGCCUUAUAGGCCGCUGGCCACGGCAAGGCCACUACCUUCGGCUCCGCGGAGCUCCCGGGGGCACCCGUGGCGAAAGUGCGAAUGCGGACGCCGCGCCCGCUGGGCCUCGUGCAGUGUAAAUGAGCAGAGAUGGAUCAGGAAGGUGGGGGAGAUGGGCAGAAAGCCCCGAGCUUCCAGUGGCGGAACUACAAGCUCAUCGUGGAUCCUGCCUUGGACCCUGCCCUGCGCAGGCCUUCUCAAAAGGUGUACCGCUAUGACGGCGUCCACUUCAGCGUCAACGACUCUAAGUAUAUACCAGUCGAAGACCUCCAAGACCCUCGUUGCCAUGUCAGGUCCAAAAACAGAGACUUUUCCCUCCCAGUCCCCAAGUUCAAGCUGGAUGAGUUCUAUAUCGGACAGAUCCCAUUGAAGGAAGUGACUUUCGCAAGACUGAAUGACAACGUGCGGGAAACCUUCCUGAAGGAUAUGUGCCGAAAGUAUGGCGAGGUGGAAGAGGUGGAGAUCCUUCUUCACCCCCGUACUCGGAAGCACCUGGGCCUGGCCCGAGUGCUCUUUACCAGCACUCGGGGUGCCAAGGAAACGGUCAAAAAUCUCCACCUAACCUCUGUCAUGGGCAACAUCAUCCAUGCCCAGCUUGACAUCAAAGGACAACAACGAAUGAAGUACUAUGAACUGAUCGUCAAUGGCUCCUAUACCCCUCAGACUGUACCAACUGGAGGCAAGGCCCUGAGUGAGAAGUUCCAGGGUUCUGGUGCAGCCACGGAGACGACUGAGUCCCGCCGCCGUUCUUCUUCGGACACAGCCACCUACCCAGCAGGCACUGCUGUGGUGGGCACCCCUGGCAAUGGUACCCCCUGCUCCCAAGACACAAGCUUCUCCAGCAGUCGACAAGACACCCCAUCUUCUUUUGGCCAGUUCACCCCUCAGUCAUCCCAAGGAACACCCUACACAUCUCGGGGCAGCACCCCCUACUCUCAGGACUCCGCCUACUCCAGCAGCACCACUUCAACCUCCUUCAAGCCCCGGCGGUCAGAGAACAGCUACCAAGAUUCCUUUUCUCGCCGCCAUUUCUCUGCAUCUUCAGUUCCCACGACUGCCUCCACAGCCAUCUCAGCCACCACCACCGCCACCGCUGCUUCUUCCUCCUCCUCUUCCUCCUCUUCCUCCUCCACUUCCUCCUCCACCUCUUCCUCCUCAUUGUCCUCAUCUUCAUCGUCAUCAUCCUCUUCUACAUCUUCUCAGUUUCGUGCUUCUGACUCAAACUACCCAGCAUAUUAUGAAAGCUGGAAUCGCUAUCAACGCCAUGCAUCUUACCCACCUCGUCGAGCAACUCGAGAGGAGCCUCCUGGUGCCCCCUUUGCUGAAAACACAGCAGAGCGCUUUCCACCUUCAUACACCUCCUACUUGCCCCCUGAGCCCACUCGGCCCACUGACCAAGACUACCGGCCUCCUGCCUCCGAGGCCCCACCCCCAGAGCCUCCAGAACCUGGUGGAGGUGGCGGUGGUGGGGGGACCAGCCCUGAGAGGGAAGAAGCUCGGACCUCCCCCCGCCCAGCCUCACCUGCUCGCUCGGGCUCCCCAGCCCCAGAGACCACCAAUGAGAGCGUGCCCUUCGCGCAGCACAGCAGCCUGGAUUCCCGCAUUGAAAUGCUGCUCAAAGAGCAGCGCUCCAAAUUUUCUUUCCUGGCCUCUGACACAGAGGAGGAGGAAGAGAACAGCACUGCAGGCCCUGGGGCUAGAGACCCAGGGAGUGAGGUGCCUGCCGGGUCAAGUCACGGGCCCUGCACACCCCCUCCAGCCCCGGCGAGUUUUGAGGAUGUGGCUCCUACAGGGAGUGGGGAGCCAGGGGCUGCCCGAGAGUCUCCCAAGGCCAACGGGCAGAGCCAGGCUUCUCCUUGCUCUUCUGGAGAGGACAUGGAGAUCUCUGAUGAUGACAGGGGUGGCUCACCCCCUCCGGCCCCAACGCCCCCCCAGCAGCCUCCACCUCCACCCCCUCCGCCGCCGCCACCUCCUCCCUACCUGGCUUCCCUUCCUCUUGGUUAUUCUCCCCACCAACCUGCCUACCUCCUCCCACCCCGCCCCGAUGGGCCACCACCCCCUGAGUACCCCCCACCUCCUCCUCCACCACCCCAUAUCUAUGACUUUGUGAACUCCCUGGAACUCAUGGAUCGACUCGGGGCUCAGUGGGGAGGGAUGCCCAUGUCCUUCCAGAUGCAGACCCAGAUGUUAACGAGACUCCACCAGCUGCGACAGGGCAAGGGAUUGACUGCUGCCUCUGCCGGGCCUCCUGGUGGGGCCUUUGGGGAGGCCUUCCUUCCUUUCCCACCCCCACAAGAGGCUGCCUAUGGUUUGCCCUAUGCUCUUUAUACACAAGGGCAGGAAGGCCGUGGAGCAUACUCACGGGAGGCCUACCAUCUACCUUUGCCCAUGGCAGCCGAGCCCCUGCCCUCUUCCUCAGUCUUGGGAGAAGAGGCCCGGCUGCCUCCCAGGGAGGAAGCAGAGCUGGCAGAGGGCAAAGCCCUGCCAUCAGCUGGCACUGUGGGCCGUGUAUUGGCUACUCUAGUCCAAGAGAUGAAGAGCAUCAUGCAGCGAGACCUCAACCGGAAGAUGGUGGAGAAUGUGGCCUUUGGAGCCUUUGACCAGUGGUGGGAGAGCAAGGAGGAGAAGGCCAAGCCAUUCCAGAAUGCAGCCAAGCAGCAAGCCAAGGAGGAGGAUAAAGAGAAGACGAAGCUCAAAGAGCCAGGAAUGCUUUCCCUGGUAGACUGGGCCAAGAGUGGGGGUACCACAGGCAUCGAAGCCUUCGCCUUUGGGUCCGGUCUGCGAGGAGCCCUGCGGCUGCCUUCCUUCAAGGUAAAACGGAAAGAGCCGUCAGAAAUUUCAGAAGCCAGUGAGGAAAAGAGGCCCCGACCCUCCACUCCAGCUGAAGAAGAUGAAGAUGACCCUGAACGAGAGAAGGAAGCCGGAGAGUCAGGACGUCCAGCAACUAAGCCCCCAAAGCGAGAUGAAGAGCGAGGCAAGGCCCAAGGCAAGCACCGGAAGUCCUUUGCUCUGGACAGUGAGGGGGAGGAAGCAUCCCAGGAGUCUUCCUCUGAGAAGGAUGAGGAGGAGGAUGAGGAAGAUGAGGAAGACGAAGAAGGAGAAGAAGCAAUGGACACCACGAAGAAGGAGGCAGAUGCAUCAGAUGGCGAGGAUGAGGAAAGCGAUUCGUCCUCCAAAUGUUCUCUGUAUGCUGACUCAGAUGGUGAAAAUGGUAGCACAUCAGACUCGGAGAGCAGCAGCACAUCGGGCUCCACAUCUUCCUCGUCUUCCUCAUCCUCGUCUUCAUCAUCCUCUUCAUCAUCCGAGUCCUCCUCUGAAGAAGAGGAAGAAGAGGAACAGCCAACAACAGUUCCCUCCGCUUCACCGCCUCCCAGAGAAGCCCCAGCAUCCCUCCCAGCGCCUGUGGAGGAGCCCGAGCCAGAGAGGACUACAGGCUCUCCAGCCACGCCUCUUCCUGAGCGGGAGACAUCUCCGGCAAGGCCUGCAGGUCCCACGGAGGAACCACCUCCCAGUGUGCCCCUGCCUCCCCCAGAGCCCCCAACAGGCCCCCCGGGCCCCACUCCCCGCCCGGAUGAGCGCCCCUCUUCUCCUAUUCCCCUCCUCCCCCCUCCCAAGAAGCGCCGGAAAACUGUUUCCUUCUCGGCCACCGAGGAGGUGCCGGCCCCAGAGCCUCCCCCAGCCGCCCCCCCACAAGCCAAGUCUCCCGGCCCAGUCUCCCGCAAAGUCCCCCGGGGUGUGGAGCGGACCAUUCGCAACCUGCCCCUGGACCAUGCGUCUCUGGUCAAGAGUUGGCCUGAGGAGGUAUCCCGGGGGGGCCGGGGCCGGGCAGGAGGCCGCGGCCGGCCCGCCGAGGAAGAAGAGGCUGAGCCAGGGACGGAAGUAGACCUGGCCGUGCUGGCCGACCUGGCCCUGACGCCCGCCCGGCGCGGCCUGGCCGCCUUGCCUCCCGGGGACGACUCGGAGGCCACAGAGACGUCCGAUGAGGCAGAGCGCUCCAGCCCCCUGCUCAGCCACAUCCUCCUGGAGCACAACUACGCCCUGGCUGUGAAGCCCACCCCUGCCGUGCCGGCCCCCCGGCCCCCGGAGCCAGUGCCUGCCCCUGCCGCGCUCUUCAGCUCCCCCGCCGACGAGGUCCUGGAGGCCCCCGAGGUGGUGGUGGCUGAGGCAGAGGAGCCAAAGCAGCAGCCACAGCUGCAGCAGCAGUCAGAGGAGAGGGAGGAAGAGGAGGAGGAGGAGGAGGAGUCCGAGUCCUCAGAGAGCAGCAGCAGCAGCAGCAGCAGCGAUGGCGAGGGCGCCGUGCGGCGGCGCAGCCUGCGCUCCCACGCCCGGCGCCGCCGGCCGCCGCUGCCCCCGCCCCCGCCGCCGCCCCCGUCCUUCGAGCCCCGCAGCGAGUUCGAGCAGAUGACCAUCCUCUAUGAUAUUUGGAACUCAGGCCUGGACUUGGAAGACAUGAGCUACCUGCGGCUCACCUACGAGCGGCUGCUGCAGCAGACAAGCGGGGCUGACUGGCUGAACGACACCCACUGGGUCCAUCACACGAUCACCAACCUGAACACUCCAAAGCGCAAGCGGCGGCCCCAGGAUGGGCCCCGAGAGCACCAGACCGGCUCGGCGCGCAGCGAGGGCUACUACCCCAUCAGCAAGAGGGAGAAGGACAAGUACCUGGAUGUGUGCCCCGUCUCAGCUCGGCAGCUGGAAGGCGUGGACACUCAGGGGACUAACCGUGUGCUUUCCGAGCGCCGCUCUGAACAGCGGCGGCUGCUCAGUGCCAUCGGCACCUCGGCCAUCAUGGACAGUGAUCUGCUAAAGCUCAACCAGCUCAAGUUCCGAAAGAAGAAGCUCCGCUUUGGCCGGAGCCGGAUCCAUGAGUGGGGUCUGUUUGCCAUGGAGCCCAUUGCAGCUGACGAGAUGGUCAUCGAGUACGUGGGCCAGAACAUCCGCCAGAUGGUGGCGGACAUGCGGGAGAAGCGCUAUGUGCAGGAGGGCAUCGGCAGCAGCUAUCUGUUCCGUGUGGACCAUGACACCAUCAUUGAUGCCACCAAAUGUGGUAACCUGGCCAGGUUCAUCAACCACUGCUGCACGCCCAACUGCUACGCCAAGGUGAUCACCAUCGAGUCUCAGAAGAAGAUCGUGAUUUACUCGAAGCAGCCCAUCGGCGUGGAUGAGGAGAUCACCUAUGACUACAAGUUCCCGCUGGAGGACAACAAGAUCCCGUGUCUGUGCGGCACUGAGAGCUGCCGGGGCUCCCUCAACUGAGGUGGGCAGGACUGGUGCCCACACCCCUAUUUAUUCCCCCUUGGUGCCCUGAGCUCCCAGCACCCCAGCCUUAGUGGGCUCCGCAGGGCCCACCUGCCCCCCGUGUCCGUCCACAUGUGGGGGUUAUGGGCCCCGAGCCCAGCAAGGGAGCCUCAGUUCCUCCCUCCCUGCCACCCCUGCCCACCCUCCCAGGCCCCUCAUUUUUUUUCUUUGCGGAGAAGAAGCUGUAAAUGUUUUGUAGCUGCCAGCAGCUGUUUCCUGUGGAAACCUGGGGUGCCGGCCUGUACAGAUCCUGUUCUUGGGGGCUGCACAGCUCUCAUGCUUCGUGUUAAUGGGGACUUCCCCUUGUGCCCUGCGUGCACCCCUCCCCAGUUUCGGGGUCUCUAGGGGCAGUGGCCAUGUUCUCCCCGGGGGGGGCCCUGUGGCCCCCUUCCUGGGGACUCCGUGCCUGCAACCCUGCCUCAUCUUCUGUUCCUGCCAGACCCUGUGGGUUACCCUCCCACCCUGGCUUCUGGGGGCUCCGGCUCAGCCAGGCCAGGAUGGUGGGGGGUGGGCCCUUCUUGUUGGGCUGGAUUGUACAUAUGUUAAUAGCGCAAACCCAACGCCACAUUUUUAUAAUUGUGAUUAAACUUUAUU